AUGACAAAUGGCACGGGAUAUGCACUCAGACAGCUGGCGCCUGACUCUGGUGUUUACUACAACGAGGCCAACUCCUGGGAGCCCGACUGGCAGUGGGCUUUCUGGGGGCCCAACUAUGCCCGAGCGCGGUCUGUCAAGCAGAAGUACGACCCGGACAGUCUGCUGUGGUGUCACCAUUGCGUGGGCAGCGAGUUGUUUGAGCAGCAGAGAAACGGCUCUCUCUGUGCUGCGUUCUAA